ACCGCGACCCUUGACACACUAGCGCGUCGCGCGUCUUCUCGCCCCGUGACCGCAACCGGCAUCAUCACGCACGGAGCGCUAGUUUACGGCGGGGUCGGAGGCCCGGGGCUUUGCCCUCCGAGAGGCCCUGACCACCCGCCCCUCGAACUCGGCUUUCGCGGUAGUUGGAGGGAAGAUGAGCAUUUGCCUUCGACUCCCGCGAGUCAGGCCGCGUCGACGCAGAGCGGUUCCUCCGCGACGGAUAAAGGCCAGAAUGUGGAGUGCGUGGUCUGCGGUGACAAGUCCUCCGGGAAACACUACGGCCAGUUCACUUGUGAGGGCUGCAAAUCGUUUUUCAAGAGAUCCGUCCGGAGAAACCUGACGUAUUCGUGCAGAGGAAACAGGAGCUGCCCCAUUGACCAGCACCAUAGAAACCAGUGUCAGUUCUGCAGACUAAGGAAAUGUCUCAAAAUGGGCAUGAGAAGAGAAGUACCAACUGUCCAAAGAGGUCGAGUGCCUCCAUCGCAGCAGCCCGGCCUGGGACUCCCUGGCCAGUUCACCCUAGGCAACGGUGACCCCGGCGCCGGACUCAACAAUCAUCCAUAUCUCUCGUCGUACAUAUCGCUGCUACUGCGGGCGGAGCCCUACCCCGCCUCGAGAUACAGUCCAUGCGUCCAACCAACGAACGUCAUGGGCAUAGACAACAUCUGCGAGCUCGCUGCCAGACUGCUUUUCUCCGCCGUCGAAUGGGCGAGAAACAUCCCCUUCUUCCCCGAACUGCAAGUUACGGACCAAGUCGCCUUACUGAGGCUCGUCUGGUCGGAACUGUUCGUGUUAAACGCCUCUCAGUGCUCCAUGCCCCUCCACGUGGCCCCCUUACUGGCCGCCGCGGGUCUGCACGCGUCCCCCAUGGCGGCCGACCGAGUGGUCGCCUUCAUGGACCACAUCCGCAUCUUCCAAGAGCAGGUGGAGAAGCUGAAGGCGCUCCACGUGGACUCCGCGGAGUACUCCUGUCUGAAGGCGAUCGUCCUCUUCACGACAGAUGCGUGUGGCUUAUCAGACGUGACGCACAUAGAGAGCCUUCAAGAAAAAUCUCAGUGCGCCCUCGAAGAAUACUGCAGGACCCAAUGCGUGUGGCUUAUCAGACGUGACGCACAUAGAGAGCCUUCAAGAAAAAUCUCAGUGCGCCCUCGAAGAAUACUGCAGGACCCAGUACCCGAACCAGCCCACGAGCGGUACCAGCGCGAGGCUCAGCCCGAGGACGCCGUCACGUCCUCGAGCGAGUUCCAAGAGGCCGCUGAAACGGACUACUUCGCCCGCGGCAGAUCAAGCGAGAGAGCCGACCCCUGCCCCACAUUCGAUCCCCUGUCAGCGUUCUACGCGCCCAAAACGACCGAAGAAUGCUUCGAAGUGGCCACCAGCACCAUCGAGACGCAGAAACAAGUCCACAAGUCGUUGACCAUCGACAAUCUCCUCAACACGCGAAGUCAGGACUCGUGUUCAAUCCAGGAGAUGAAACAGUGA